UUAUUAUGUAGACGAGCGCGUGCUUGGACCCCUUCAUCGCCUCCCCCUACUAUCUUCCAUAUCCCUACUUUACAUCAAACACGCCCAACCUGUUUUAGCCCCCAUCUGUUACCGGUAAAGCAUCUCUCAGACCAUCGACUUCUCCAACCAGUCAAUUAGUUAACUGUUAACCAUCGAUUUCGCGUCAAGUCACUUCAGGCACGUUUGCAAGCAGGCAGAUGGUUUCGUCAGCGCCUGCACCAUUGAUUAAACCUCCAUUUUCUUACGCUGAAAGUGUAAAAAAGACUCCUCGCUCUCCUAACGCUGUUCGGAACCCUCUUGGAGACUUCCCAACCGUCUCUGGCGCGUCUGGGCUAUCUUCAUCUUCAAGUUCUUCGCCACCUUCGAACGCUACAUCCCAAUUAUCCAAAUUGCUCAGUUUUGUCGAAGCGACAAGCGGAUCUCAGGCCGGUGCUUCUGAUUUUCCAGAACUCCCUACCGAGAUAUCUUCGCAGCAUACCGUCAAGGACCACAACGGAUCAACGAACCAUGUGCAUUCGAAUGCCAACAACGUGCCAAAGGCGGUGCCUGCUGUGAAUGUAUGGACCGAACGUUUGAAAGAGCAGAUGGCCCAUGCACAUCUGCAUGUCCACCAACCUCAGAGGCAACCUCGCGCAAUAGUCACAUCUUCUGUCGGAGCGCCUUUAGUCCCUCCCAGGCUAAGGCCCAUUGUCAUGGGUACUUCUCCGCAUCCAGUUGAUGUCCCCAAUACUGUGUCAUCGACUUCCACACCUCGUUCGAGUCCAUCGCAGACGAUUUCUCUUGAUGGAGACCAUGAUGACCAUGAUCCUUUUAUCGUGCGCAUGCCUUCACACCUUUCUCGACACUCGUCCUCCAAGUCUAUCCAUCUAGUUAAUGACAAUGAUGUUUCUAAUUGGCAAGAGGCCGCAAAAUCUCCAUCUGUUGACCUUGGAGGAAAUGAUGGUGGCGACAAGUCCCGAAGAUCGGAAAAUCACGCGGGCGCACAUAAUUCCUCCAAUUCAGUUGAUCUAUCCAGAAAGAAUAGCAUCGAUUCUACCCGACAUCAAAGUGAUUCAAGACCAACAUCAGCUCAAAUGUCUCGGCUGAACAGCAGAAACGUAUUUGAGGGGAACUCUACAGGUUCCCACUCGGUGCCCUAUUCCCGAGUAGAAAGUCGAGCUGAGAGUUCCUCUUCGAGUCCUCGGCUAUCAAUCCGAGGAAGGCGGCUACCGGAUGACGAUUUCACUGUAGUGUACGACCUUCGUCACGAGGCUCCAAAGGUUCCCUACAAUCCACCGCGCAUGAGUUCAAGGGUCCCAGAGAGAACUGCAUACCACCAUCACACUUUUUCUCACCCUCCCGACAUUGCAUCGCAUUAUUUCAGAUCUCCGCCCAUACCACCCACUAUUGACGCACCAUUGCAUUCUGCACGGCUGUCGCCGCUACUUUCGGGCAUUCGACACCCGUACUACGCAAAUCCCGUUUCAGGACACACCUCUCCUACGUACGCGGGCUCGCGCCCUCCCUCUGGAGCUGGUACUCCGCCAUACCCAGUAUAUCCUCCAUACACAGCGACAUGUGGAUACUGUCAUUCGCGCAUUCCGUGGGACGGGUUCGUUCCUCCAAUCCACCCUCGCCCUGUUCCGGGCUUUUCUACCCCGUUACUGCAGGACGAGUACAUUGUGCCUCCACUGAUGCAUCUGUCAUUCUUCAAUCCACCCUUUCCAGGCACAACGGAGCCAUUACCAAAGACCCGUUUAACGCAGAGCGAGCGUUCGUGUGAGAGCUCGCAUGACUCACAUUUGCCUCCUGUUAUUAUUUCACGAAAUAUGGUCUUUGGGAGUAUCGACGCGACUCAUGAUCACGUCCAUCAGACGCCGGACGAAAAGGAGCCUGCGAGGAAGGAGGGCGAGAAAUCCAUUGGACGAAUGGCGGAACACUUCUCUGGCUUUUACAUCGGCAUUCCACCUGGCGAACCGGUGCCACCCCGUCAAGGAAAUAAAAAACAUCCGAACAAGAGCCUUUCGAAGCCUCCUACGAGUCCCGUAGCGGAAGCUACAGAUAAUGCGAAGGCCAUCGAUGAUGCACCCCAGGAAGGGUGUAAGACGGCUGACGAGCAACCGAAUACUGCUGUCGGGGAAGAUGUUUCAGCACCUAUCCACUGGAGGAUUCACAGAGCACGUCAUCUGAGCACCUACCUCCACCCGCUGAACCUGCGCAACCAGUCGCUCCUCUACCUGACCAACAUCCGCCUGCUGCGACAUCCGUGGCGCAGCCAUCCAAGAAUGAGAAACCUGUUACGCCGCCGAGUAGUAAAAGACAGAAUGGAUCUUCAAUGAUGAAGUCUGUGGACGAUUCUGCGUUGAGCGACGUCUGGGAAGUAAAGGACUACGGAUAUGGAUUCGGCGACGUGAGUGGCACAGAUAAUGCCACUA